GGCCCCUCCCGCGCCGGCCGGGAGCGCUGCGGAGCCGCGAGCCCGGAGCGGGGCCAGACACUGCGGAGCCGAGCCGGACCGGACCGGACCGGACCCUGCCGGAGCCAGGCUGGGGACGCUGUGAGCAGAGUGUCCUGCCCCCGGCGCAGCCGCUGCCCGCCGGCCAGGAGCAGAGGAUGGAGGAGCUGCUGAAGCUCACGUACCUGAAUGUCUCGGAGCGGCUGAGCCUGCCCUGGGAGCAGGGCGGGCCGUGCGGCCCCUCGGUGGGGAACAGCACCGUCCUGGUGGUGGCCUACAGCGCCCUGCUGGCCGUGGGGCUGGUGGGGAACCUGUGCCUCCUCUGCGUCGUCGCCCGGCACAAGGAGAUGAGGAACGUCACCAGCAUCUUCAUUGCCAACCUGGCCUGCUCCGACCUGCUGAUGAGCAUGGUGUGCCUGCCCGUCACCGUCAUCUACACCCUCAUGGACCGCUGGGUGCUGGGCGAGCUCCUAUGCAAGGCCAGCCCCUUCGCGCAGUGCGUCUCCGUCACCGUCUCCAUCCUCUCGCUGGCCUGGAUCGCCCUGGAGCGGCACCAGCUCAUCGUCAACCCCACCGGCUGGAAGCCGGGGGCCACCCACGCCUACCUGGCCGUGAGCGUCACCUGGCUGGUGUCGGGCUGCGUCUCCCUGCCCUUCCUCGCCUUCAGCGUCCUGACGGACGAGCCCUUCCGCAACCUCAGCCUGCCCUUCGACGCCUUCGCCGGCCACCUGGUGUGCGUGGAGAAGUGGCCGUCGGACGGGCACCGCCUGGCCUACACCACCGGGCUGCUGUUCGGCCAGUACUGCCUGCCCCUGCUGCUCAUCCUGGCCUGCUACGGCCGCAUCUUCCUGCGGCUGCGUCGCCGGCGGGACAUCCUGGAGCGGCCCACGCAGGGGCCCCGGGCCGCCAGCCACCGGCGGGUCAGCGUCCUGCUGGCCUGCCUCGUCGCCGCCUUCGCCGUGUGCUGGCUGCCCCUGACCGUCUUCAACGCCCUGUACGACUGGGCCCCCGAGGCCAUCUCCGGCUGCCACCACGACCUGCUCUUCUCCCUCUGCCAUCUGGCGGCCAUGGCCUCCACCUGCAUCAACCCCGUCCUCUAUGGCUUCCUGAACACCAACUUCCAGCAGGAGCUCAAAGCCUUGCUCCACCGCUGCAGCUGCGCUGGGGAGACGGACACGUACGAGAGCGUCCCCCUGUCCACCGUCAGCACCGAGGUCUCCAAGGCCUCGCUGCGCAGCGGGGGGGUCGCCACCGACGCCUGACAGGGGGCUUCCCCCAGCGCCUGGUGCCAGGAGCAGAGCCCGCCGUAGCCUUGCCCGGCGGGCGGGGGGAUGCUGCUGUGCUGUAGGCACUCUCUGCCUGUCUAGGGCAGCCCCCCGCCCCUCCCUCGGGCACAGCUCAGAUCCAGAGGGAGCCUGGGAGUGAGCUCUGGGGAAUCCCACAGAAACUGACCACGGGAAGUCCUGGGCUCUGUUCCCUGCGGAGCCACUUACUCAGUCUCCAAUUUUCAGCCUGGUGAUUCUCCGAGUGGCCUGAGGCACCCCAGGGAUGCAGGAGCAGUGGGUGUCUGACUGCCCCAGAUGGCCCAGUGCUGGUGCCUUGGCCCAGCUCCAUAGAUGGGUCCCGGCUGGGUUUGCCAAAGGGCUGGGCUGCAGGGGCUCAGCACCUGUGGAAAUCGGGCGCUGAACUCUGGAGUGAGGUGCCGAAUGUGCGGCUUUCAGCCUAGAGGCUUUUGGCCUUCAUCCCUCUGUCGCCGUUUCCCCAGCAUUCAGAUAGGGCUGUUAACACUUCGCGGUCGCACAGCUCGGGAGGGGCAUGGCGGGCUGAGCGGCGCUGUCAUAGGGUUAAGCAUCGUUACCACAUCGGAAAUGUCCCUGCUUGGGUCCUUUUACCAAGUACUGGAUUAGCUAGUUUUCAAAGGGGGACACCCCCCCCAUGCGCAGAUGGUGGGUGCAUUGCCAGGCUGGGCGAUUCAAUGUGCAGUCGGGGGUUAGAUCUGCAGCUACUGGAGGCAAACACAAAUUAUUCCAGGUGCAUUUAAAGAACAUCUCGAAUCUGUCUCUUGUGUCCUAGGCAUUCCUGCCAGGCUCAUUGCUUGCCGUGGUCUCCGAGCACAGUCACUCCUAACUACCCAGCAGCACAUGAGAACAGCUGACUCGUGCAAGAAAAUCGCCAUUUUCAUGUGUAACUGGGGCAUUAGCACCUAGUUUGAGACCUGCGAAAAUUCUUCUGUUUGCCAAACAAUACACAGUGCCCUUGAUUUCAGAGAUUUUUGAUGAUCUCCUAAAACUCCCAAAUGCCUGAUUUAAAAAAAAAGAAAAAACAAGAAACUGACAUUCCUUUCACUCACUCUUUGGUAUUUUGAAGUGAAAAAAGAAGCAAUCGGGCUGGGCUGUUAAAGGGGCGCUGUGGAGAGAUGGUUCACUGGUUUUCUAAAAGCAAAAUCCCCUUCUCUGUGACUCUGGUAACACCUUAGAUUAUUCAACCUGAAAAAGAAUUCCGAGAUCUAAUUUACUUUUCACAGCUGAGUUUUGUGCUUCGUUCUCCUUUCAGUCACUUGCCUUUACCCAGUGACUGCGGAGUGAUAUUCCUGAUCUCCACUUCCUGACGUUGGUGGAAAAUCGCUCCCCCUUAGUGUAUUGCCUGUGAGCUCACUCAGUCACUUGCAUAGUCGGUAUCUGUCCAGAAUCGCUUUCCGGGGCUCAGAGGUUGCAGUUUUUGGGGCUAACAGGACAGAGGGACCCGGCCAGUCCAAAGCUGUUCUUCUGGACACUUGUGAAUCUUUUUGAGUUUGCUUGAUCCAAUCCCGGGGGCUUAGCUAAUGGGUUCAUUUUACCCAGUGAUGAGCUGCCAAAAUCUUAACAACUGGUUCCCUCCUCAUCCUACGAGGGGGUUGUGGCCCACCCCCGCUCCCCGGGGCUUCUGCCACAUCCAACCCCGGGCAUUCCUUGAUGCCCCCCCCAGAACCCCUGCCCCAUCCACCCCCCUCCCCUGACUGCCCCCCAGAACCGGGCAGGAGGGUCUCGUGGGCCACCGUAGUGGGUGCCCACACUGCCCCUAAGAGCCAGAGGGACCUGCCGGGGGGGCGAGGUGGGGAGUCCCGGCGGUGCUUACCUGGGGCAGCUCCCAGGAAGCAUCCAGCAGGUCCCUCUGGCUCCUAGGGGCGGGGGAGCGUAGCUGGGGGGGAGCAGGGGGAGCGGCCGCUCCCCCCACUGAUCAAUUCAAAAGUGGCACCUUAGGCGCCGACUCCCGGGGUGCUCUGGGGCUGGAGCCCCCACGGGGAAAAUUUGGUGGGUGCAGAGCCCCCCCCCGGCAGCUCCCCACCCUGCGCCCGGCGCCAGCUCACCUCCGCUCCGCCUGCUCCCCUGAACGCGCCACCCCGCUUGGCUUCUCCCCCCCCCCCCCGGGGCCGGGGGUGGGGCGGGGAGCUGCCGGUGGGGGCUCUGCACCCACCAAAUUUUCCCUGUGGGGGCUCCAGGGCUGGAGCACCCCUGGAGUCGGCGCCUAAGAUGCCAGUUUUGGCCGGUUAAAUUUAGAAGCCCUCGCGGGACAACCGGUUCUAAAAGGGCUUCUACAUUUAACAACCGGUUCUAGCGAACUGGCUCCGGCUCUCCACGGCUUUCACCCUGAUCUCGCCUACUCAUCGUAUUCUGUGCCCGUCUCUUGACGCAGUGCUGAACAUCGGCUCCCAGCGCGUGGGGCCUGGGGAUAUUUUGCCCAACAGUCGAUGUUUGUAACCAAUUUAUAAAUAUGUAUCUUAUCGAAAUGCACAGACUGCUGCGGCUUUUCUAAGGGGAUAAUUCUUUGUAAUAAUCAAGAAUAAACUGAACAAGCUGACGAAAUGUGAGUAGCUCCCUUUAGCGAACACUCACGGUGUGUCGGCUCUCCACAAACGGCCGUGGUGUCAACACGAAAAUCACCAGCUCUGGGACUUAUCCCUGCAGGUGUUAUCCAGGCUGUCACGCCGGUUAUUGGCAGAGCGUUGUUGUUAUACUCCUCGUUUGCCGUGAGGUAGCACCGCCCGUCGUGUGUUGGUGAGGCUGAGAGCCAGUUCAUAGAAUCACAGACUAUCAGGGCUGGAAGGGACCUCAGGAGGUAUCUAGUCCCACCCCCUGCUCAAAGCAGGACCAAGCCCCAGUUAAAUCAUCCCAGCCAGAGCUUUGUCAAGCCUGACCUUAAAAACCUCUAAGGAAGGAGAUUCCACCACCUCCCUAGGUAACGCAUUCCAGUGCUUCACCACCCUCCUAGUGCAAAAGUUUUUCCUAACAUCCAACCUAAACCUCCCCCACUGCAACUUGAGACCAUUAGUCCUCGUUCUGUCAUCUGCUACCAUUGAGAACAGCCUAGAUCCAUCCUCUUUGGAACCCCCUUUCAGGUAGUUGAAAGCAGCUAUCAAAUCCCCUCAUUCUUCUCUUCCGCAGACUAAACGAUCCCAGUUCCCUCAGCCUCUCCUCGUAAGUCAUGUGUUCCAGUCCCCUCAUCAUUUUUGUUGCCCUCCGCUGGACGCGCUCCAAUUUUUCCACAUCCUUCUUGUAGUGUGGGGCCCAAAACUGGACACAGUACUCCAGAUGAGGCCUCACCAGUGCCAAGUAGAGGGUUCAGUUUAGAAUAGAGAGUUCGGUUCUGGUGUCCAGUUUAGAAAGAGUGAGAAGGGGUGAGAGGGCUGAGCAGAGCCACCAGGUUAUCUGAAGGCUGGAAAAGACCUUCUGGUAAGAGACGCGAGGCGCUCAGUCUGGUUAGCUGCUCAGAAGGAAGAGUGAGGUGGGCCUGGGUGGGGCGUAUGAAAACCCACCAGGGGAGGACGCUGGGUUUCCAAAGGCUCUUCGAGCAGAGGAAGGCAGAGCAAGCACCAAGCUAGACAAAUUCCAGUUGGAAGGGGGCACUGGUUUAUGCCAACGCGGGUGACUAACCCUUGGCCCAAACUGCCCCGGGCUGUGGGGGGGUCUCUGUCUCCUGGUAGCUGCCCAGCCCAGCUGUCUUGCGGGAAGAAGCAUUGACCAAACACACGUCGCUGGGCUCUGUGCGUGGCACCGAGGGGACGUUCUUUGUGCUAGCUAGGGUCAGGCUGGAGGAGCCGCUGGGAAUCGCCCAAGGGCCCAGGGUUUGUUGUGCUGGCCGCUGUACAGACCCGCAGUAAGAACCCAGGCCUGAUUUCCAUGGACGUCAAUGGCAGGAGCAGGGCCGGCCUUAGGGGUGGGCCACCCGGGCGACCGCCCUGGGGUGCCAUGGUCAAGGGGGCGCCGUGUGGCAGUGAGAGGUGCCCGCUGCCCGGGGGAGUCGGAAGCUG